UAGACUGCAAGAGAAGGCGGCGCCGCGGUGAUUUCGCGCCCGCUUCGCGCGCCUCAGUUAACAACAACACGCACUUAAUAAAACAACAACAUCAACAACAUCGUUAUCGAUUAGCAGCAGCAGCGAAGACAACAAUGCAAGCUUCGGAGCUUGAUGCGGUGGUGGAGGUGGUUAAAGGCGGCGAUCAGAACGCGGUGCUCAAGGCGCUGCAGGGAUUCAAUUGCGUGCAUUCACAGACGUUCAUGUUUUCUGAAAGUGACAAAGAUUUGCGGGAGACGUUGUGUGAGGCGGUGCUCUGCUUCCUACGCCGAGACGUUCAGCCGGCUUGCCAAGCAAGCGCCCUCGAGAGCCUGCGCGUGCUGUCGCGCGACAAGACGGCGCUGGGGUCGCUCGCCACCGAGCAAGGCCUUGGUGUGCUGGCGCGCCACGCGGGCCUCACGUACUCUCCCACCGCGUCCGUGUGCGAGCUACCAGACACAGAGACCAUGACGGAGGCGCUGAAGUGCCUGUGUAACGUGGUGUUCAACAGCCCCGCUGCACAGCGCUACUCAGAGGAGCUGCGUCUCGAGUCCGGAAUUGUCAGCCGGCUGAAGAUGUCUGCUGCGCUCACGCAUGACGUCCGGUUCUUCGACCUGCGCCUCCUCUUCCUGAUCACGGCGCUGCGGCUGGGCGUGCGAGCGCGCGUCUCUCGCGAGCUGCGCGGCCUCGCCCUCCUCACCGAGGCCCUCGAGUCCAUGCUGGCGCCGCCCUCGCUCGACCCGCCCGAGCCCUGCACCCUGUCGCCCCCGCUGAGCAACUCCUGCCCUUCCUCCGCCUCGUCGUCGUCGUCGUCGUCGUCAUCGGCGACGGCCGUGGGCAACGGCACCGGGAUGAGCCUGCGCGAUAUCCACGAGACGGCGGCGCUGCUCCCGCAAACGCCGCCGCCCUGCUCUGCGUCGGCGAGCUCUCCGGCCGCAGCUUGCAGCGAUGACAGAGAAGGAAGCGACGAGGUUGGGCUCGGGGAUGAAGAGGGCGCGCCGUUGUACGGGACUAACUGCCACCUGUCCCGGCAAGACGUGGAGAGGGCCAUGGAGAUUCUCAAGAUUCUCUUCAACGUCACCUACGACUGCAGCCGCAGAAAGGUAGAUGAGGAGGACGCCGCACAGUAUUGCGGCCUCGUCUCGAUUCUUCGUCGCUGCCUCAUGGCCACUGCAGAUGGGGAGGACCGGACGGAGGAAUUUCAUGGGCAUACAGUGAACCUCCUGACGAACCUGCCACCCUCUUCGCUGGAGGAGCUGCUGUCACCCCCCGUGCGGCCCGGCUCGGCAGAGUACAAUGGGCGCAACAUGGACGUGCCGGUGGCCCUGCUGGGCUUCAUGGAGAAACGCCUCGACCGGGGCCAUCGUUUGAAAGAGAACCUCACCCCAGUUGUCAAUCUGCUCACUGAGUGUUCCCGGCAGCACAGUGACAUGCGCAAGUUUCUCCGCAACCGGGUGCUGCCCCCAUUGAAAGAUGUCACAAAUCGUCCGGAGGUGGGCAACACGCUGAGGAACAAGCUGGUGCGUCUCAUGACUCACAUCGACACCGACGUCAAGCACUGCGCUGCAGAGUUCCUCUUCGUGCUGUGCAAAGAGAGCGUGGCACGCUUCGUCAAGUACACUGGCUAUGGGAACGCAGCGGGCCUGCUGGCGGCGCGGGGGCUCAUGGCCGGCGGGCGUGGCGAGGGCCACUACUCGGACGACUCCGAUUCAGAGACAGAGGAGUACCGGCAAGCGAAGCCCAACAUCAACCCCAUAACUGGACGUGUGGAAGAAAAACUCCCCAACCCCAUGGAGGGGAUGACUGAUGAGCAAAAGGAACAUGAAGCUAUGAAACUUGUCAGCAUGUUUGACAAACUCUCACGGGAGCAGAUCAUCCAGCCCAUGGGUGUGGGUAUGGAUGGGAAGUUGGCACCCCUGGAGGAAACCAUGCAAAACUCAAGUCCUCCACAUUCCAACAAUUCAGACUCAGACUCGGACUGAUCACGUCACAUGCGAACGUUCGAUUACCCGAAACUCAAACCAAAUCUGACUCCUUUAGGGCACAAUGCAUUACUCGGUUUUCUCACACCGUUGAUCACUACCACUUUAACUAAAUAUACCCAUGCCGCUCCACCGCGCAGCCCCUCGCACAGGACUUUUGUCUGAAGCGUUCGGUGAAAAUAUGGGCCCAGCACGUGAAAGAUCUCCUACUUCCUGAUUGUGAGCAAUGGCUAUCGCUAACUUUAACAUCAGCCGAAAAACACAGAUGUGCAUCGUAAAUGGCAGUGAAGACUGUCUAUACACAAUGCUCACCCUAUUUUGCCAACCUUAACCCCCAAAAUUGCUUAAUUCUUAACCCUGGCCAUUAACACGAUCUAUUUAUUUAACCAUAACUCUGACCAUAUGCUCUAGUUUUGACUUAACAGUAGCUUUAGUUCCAGCACAACCCAUGGCUCCUCGUGCUGUCUGUAAACCAUUACCUAGUUCUAACUCGGUUCCUGACGUUGUCCCUAAUCAAGGCAAAACAACUAGUCUGCACAUAGCUAACCACCAAGCACAGGUUUCUCAAUGUCUAGCUAAGGUGUAAUCAGGAGAUGCACAUCAAAAUUAAAUUCCAGGCGGUGGUUUCUGUCAUGAUGUACCCGAUGUAUGUUGACCCAUCCGAUUAUCCCUCUGGGGUCAAUAAAUUGGUUACCAAUUUGUUGAAAGUCAAUAGUAAUUGUCCAAAGGAUAGACUUGCGCCCACCAUAGGACUAUGCAUUUCUUUUUUGUGUACCACUGGCUCAGCAUCCACCAUUGAAGCACUGCACAAUGCUCGCAUGAGGACGGAGACAUGGGCUUUUAUUGCUGAAUUCUACCCUGAUGGUAAAACGUUUACAUUCAGUUCUCGUUGCUACCAAUAUUGCUCGGUUCCAAAGUAAAAUGUACGGUUACAAUACGAUCACAAAUCCAUCGGUGAAUUCGGAAUACACAACCGUAAGAUCCCUACUGCAGCCAAUUCCAUUUAACUUAUAUCGUACAAUUACAGUUUUUUUCUUACUUUGCAGCGUAUGACAUUCCAGUCUACUUUACCCUGUGAUGUUUGAAACUAAACUAAACCAAACCAUCAAGAUUUUUUUUAUUUUACGAGUGAAGGCCCACAGAGCUAUUUAGCUCUUUUUCAGAAGCAACCUGACUAGCUACAAACGAUAGCUCAAAGAAGUGGCUCGUCACGUGGAAAUGUAUAGCAGUCAGACUCUAAAACGCAUAAUGAUAAAUGUAGAGGGAAAAACGGGAGGACCCGGAGAAAAAUCCACGCGAUGAAAGGGGGGACAUGCAAACUCCAAAUAUACAGGUGUCAGGGUCUGGAUGGAACCCAGACCUGUAUACCAGGCGAGGUCGUUAACAGCUCUCCACCACCAUGGCACCCAUGUUUGUCUCCUGCCUCCCCCUCAAUAGUGAUCGCUUCCCCGAGUGAUAAUAAACUCAGUUUUACAAAGCGCUUUUCAUAUUAGUGCAGUAAUCCCUUGCCAACUGCGAAUUUACCAACCGCGAGAUGUUUUGAGCAUACGCGGAUUUGCUUCUGUGUACCCCCGUCGUUUAGCAGCCGUGGUCUGGACAUUUGAGUAUCCACGGGUGAGCACGGUGUUGAGGAAUUAACGUGACGUGUGUGUGUCACUGCGUCACAGCCUGACAUCGUUAUUACGUGACGCGAUUCAAGACGUCGUGUACCGAUAAAGUUGUAUUUAUUUUUUCCCGAUUUCUGGAAAGGGUUUAAUUUGCUCUUACACGUGUAGGUGGUGAGAGUGCUGUGUCAGUGGCCCCGAGGAAGAGGGGGGUGGGUUGAGCCCCCCCUCCUCCUCCUAACCAGCCCUCCCCCCUCAUCUCAUUGUCACCAUCAUCGUGAAUAUUAAAGAUGUGUAAACGUAAUAUUUA